ACCACCAGCCACGGCGCCUAUCAGAAUGCAGUUCCAUUUGGCGACCGUGGUGCUCGCCACCCUCGUGGCCUUGGCCUCCGCCCAGCGGUUCGCCGGGCCCAACCCCAACACCGUCGACGAGUACGACUACGAGGACGCCGGAGCGCAGGCGCCCGUCAGACCGCAGCCCCAGCCCCGGUCGUACGCGCCCAACCAGGCCAGGCUGAGCGCCACCCAGCCCAAGCCCACGCCCAUUCCCAUCCUCAAGCAGAUCAACAGGCACAACGAUGACGGCUCCUACACGUACGGCUACGAGGGCGCCGACGGCUCCUUCAAGAUCGAGACCAAGCUUGUCACCGGCGAGGUGAUGGGCAAAUAUGGCUACGUCGACGACUCCGGCAAGGUGCGCGUCGUGGAGUACGGCGCCAACAAGUACGGCUUCCAGCCCGCCGGCGAGGGCAUCACCGUGGCGCCGCCCACCCUGGUGGACGAGACCCGUGUCCCCAAGGCGGGCAGGGCCGGCGGACUGAGCGCCGCCUCCCUCAACGCCGCCGCGCCCUCCAUCGAGUCGCAGGAGGACAUCUACGACGACAGCCAGUACUACGAAGAGCCCGCCACCGCCGCCCCGCGCCCCGCCCCCGCGCGCGCCCUGCGCCCCCAGCCCGCGCCCCGCCCGCGCGCGCAGACGCCCCAGUACUUGGAGAACUCCUUCAGCGCGCCCGCCGGCAGGCCGUCCGCCAUCCCCAACAACUUCGCCCAGUUCACGCAGACCACCAGCUUCGGCACCGCCCCCGGCCUGGCCGCGGCCCACGCCCUGCCGUCGCCGAGGUUCGCCGCCAGCCCCGUGCCCGCCCGCGCCCAGAUCGCCGGCGCCGUGCCCGCCGGCCCCGCGUACCGCCCCGUCAACCCCGCCCCCGUGAGCGAGCCCUCGCAGCCCCAGCAGGCCCUGUUCGUGCCGCAGUCGCAGCUGCCCGGCCUCGGCCAGCACUACAGCCCCGCCGCGCCCGCCCCGCUGCCCCGCCGGCCCGCCCCCAGCCAGGGCGGCGGCCUGCUGGACCAGCUCGCCAGGGACUACGCCCUGCCCCAGGGCGCGGGGACGCCCCUCGUCGACACCUCGUUCGGCGUGUACUAGACGGCCUGCGCGGCGCAGCGCGGCGCAGCGCCAAGGACUGACAAAAACAUCGGGGAGGCCAGGAGUCGAACCUGCAACCCUCUCGUUUCGACGCGUGGCAGCUUGACCUCUCGGCCAAUGCGUGCAAAACGCGUAUGGGUGUGUGAGUGUACAAAAUAGGAUUGCAGCGAUCCCGCUUUUAAAACGGGAAUAAUCGCAGAGUCAAAGCAAGAAAAAUCAAGCUGUGUUUCGAUGAAUCUUGCCUUUGUCUCUAAUUUUAGUCAAGAUUGUCAUGCCUCAUUUUGUAAGAUUUUGUGUAUUUUGUGAUAAGUUAUCUACGUAGAAAUUAAUUAAGUUGAAGAGCCAUUACAAAAAAUACUGUUGUCCUCUUAAAAUACAAAAGCGAAAAAUGUUCAAUCAAAUCAAGAUUUUACUGCCGGGAAAAAAUGAUGGAGUUCUUCACUUAUCGAAUAUGUUUUGUAUGUGAUACUGAUAUCCAUGUAAAUCUCAUAUCCAUUCUUAUCCCUACUCGUAUGCAGUGUUACCACGUACUGUACAUGAAAGGCCAUCUUUUCUUUAUUUAUCAUAAAUGAUAAAUAAAUUGUUUGUUUUUUUCU